AUGUGGAAGACAUCUAUCAAGACUGGUAUCCCAAAUCUCUCCAAGACAAAGGUGGCAAAAGUAAUGCUUCAUGAUUGCAAACUGUCGAUGAACACUCUACACGCGGGUUACACGUGGCCAUCCACACUUAAGGAAAUAUCCUUGGUCCAGAACAAACUCUACUGGUUGCCUCACAAGUACUUCACAGGAACCAACGUGGAGUAUCUGAGUUUGGCAAUCAACGAGUUCUUCCAGUUUCCAUCAGAUGCAGUACAAGACAUGAAGAAGUUGAAGUUUUUAAAUAUUGAGAGAAACAAAUUGAAGUCCAUAUCGAUACCGCAUCUGAGGGGCUUGUCCGGGGAUCGAAGUCAGCUAAUGCACUUCAACCUCAGUCGUAACCUGAUUAAUUAUGUGCAACCGGGUGCAUUCUCGCAGUUGAAAUACCUCAAGAUACUGGAGCUUCAUGACAACAGGCUUCAGUACAUCGCCCCUGGAGCAUUCAGUAACCUGCCGCAGCUGGUUCACCUAGAUCUCCACGGUAAUCGAAUGCAGACUCUAAUACGGAGAAGCUUCGAGAACAACCCCGAGCUUCGGACUCUGAUCCUACACAGUCAAGUUCCCAAGAUGGCAGCCGUCAUGUCGGGCUCCAUGGCAAACAUGAAGAAAUUGACGACUCUAUACCUGGGGACAAAUGCCCUGAAAACUUUCCCACACCCAGCCUUGUCAAAUGAGGAAUGGCCCAAUCUGAAAUCUGUCCAUGUGGACAACAAUCGCAUUCGCAACCCGACCGAGUACGGCCUAGAGGCGUACCCUCCCCUGAUGGCCACGGCGGGAGUGAUCCGAAUGAGGCAACAUAAGAAAUGGGUGACGACGCCCGACAUCAACGAACUGAACUUUGCAAACAACUUGAUCAAGCUAGUGACCCCGGAUGAGUUCUGUGCCCUGAAGCGACUCAGGGUACUGCAACUGAACUCCAACCUCCUCGACGAGACUACACUUCCCGCCAAGGCGUUUGACUGUGUGAAGGACUUGAGGGUGCUAAAAAUGGGUGGCAAUAGGUUCAAGGUCAUUCCAGAGGCCAUUACAACGCCAACGUCACUUCCUGUCAUAGAGUUCAUCCAUCUUCAUAGCAACUCGCUGACCUACGUCAAGUCAGGGACUUUCCACAACCUCCAGUCCCUAAAAGAAGUUGUUUUAGCCUACAACAAAAUCAUUGCAGUAGAGAACGACACAUUCCAUGAUAACAUUUUAGAAGUGUACCUCAACGGCAACAAAUACAAAUUCACCCACGAAGGUCCAUUCUUUAACAAGACGAAGCUGGUGACACUCAGCCUCCAGGACAACGAAAUCACGGAAAUACCCGACAUCGCCUUCUACAACUGCAAGGCACUCGACUCUCUAAAUCUUGCUAACAACAAACUAGGCCGCCUGAUGAAGACCACCUUCAAGGAUGGCAGAUUCAGCUACAGAUUUACCGUUACUAAUAACCGGAUUAACUAUAUUGAAGACGGGACGCUGGCACACAUAACUAGUGUUAGUUACUUCUCCUUUAGCCAUAACCGCUUGACGAGGCUCCCGAUGGGCAAGGACUUCCAUGAUCUUUCCGUGACCUACGGCCUUGACCUCAGCCAUAAUCACAUCCACACGAUCGAGAGCGGCGCUUUCAAGAACAUCAAGCUGACAUUCCUCGGCGCAAGUUUGUUGCUUAAUAAUAACCGGCUACGGAAGGUUGAAUCGUACGCAUUUGUUGACAUCGCCAGCGGUUCAGGAAACAUCGGUCUCGGCAGUAACCCACUCCACGAGCUCGAAGAGUACUCCUUUGUAAACGUACGAUGUAAUACCAUGAAUCUCCGAGGCAUGUUCCUGUCAAAUCUCCAGUCGCACACCUUCCACAAUGUACGUGUGGCAACCACACUGGACCUCUCCAUGAACAAGAUCGCCUACAUUGAAGAGUUUGCCUUCUCGCCGGUAACGGCAAUGAAUCUAGACCUUUCCAACAAUGGAUUACUUGGUAUACGGGGCCAGAUGUUUACGAAAGGCUCAAACGUGCAAUACCUUCGUCUCAACCACAACAAACUGAUCUCCUUGCUCGACGAGACGUUCGUUGGACUGACGUCCCAAAUUGUGUACAUCCAUCACAACCAGUUGUUCGACUUCCCGAAAGCCCUUGGUGUUGUCAACCCCGUCGAGCUCGAUCUCUCUUACAACAACCUCGAGGAACUGCCGCUGGAUUCCUUGACCAAUUUCACCAAUCUCCAGUCGCUCAGGAUCCAGUAUAAUAGCCUCACAAAGAUUCCAGCGGGAUUCCUCGGAAAGGCCAAGGCCUUAAUGUUCCUUGAUCUUUCUCGCAACAAAAUAUCCCAGAUUGAAGAAGGAGCCUUCGUCGACAACCGAAUCAUACAGCUCAUCAACCUGGCUUACAACGAACUCCAGCACUUCCCCGUCAUGGAUCCGAAUGCGGCUAACUCGACCAUCUCGUUUCCGAACUUGGGGACUCUCAACCUACAGGAGAACGACAUACGGACGUUUGGCGUCAACGCAUUUCACAGUGUCGGGAAGGCUUUCGCUAGUCUGAUACUAAGCAAGAACCCGCUGAGUUGUGACUGCUUCACCCAUUACACUCUCAAGCCGGUCCAAGCCGCCUUGAAGGGAGCGAUAUGUGCCACACCCACCGCGCUAAAGGGUUUCACCAUCACUAAGAAGACAUUCAAGACGAAAGCCCCGAAACUGUACCCUUGUCCGCCAGUCUUGACCAACCUCACCUACAUUGAUCUCCUCCAGAUCGAGGUGGUAUGGAUCCUGAACGACAGGCCCACGGCAGACAGGAGAAGUGUACGGUGGAAGGGGAACCCGAAUGAUUGGAAUUACUGGGUGGUGUGUGAGGCCCCAGGCAUCCCCAUUGUGUACGCCUUCGGGAACGACACGAACACCACACCAUCUCCGGGAGCCAACUCCACAGUGAUCGGCACCGCCCUGAUUGGUGACGAAGUCCGCCACACGCUUGAAGAUGACCUCGAACACGACACGACCUACACGUGUAGGGUGAGGAUAGAGGCGCCGGAUGGGGCACUGUCGCCUUGGAGUUCGCCGUUGAUGGUCUAUAUCCCCCCUGAGCCUCCAAAAAACGGUACCAAUACAACAGUGGUAGACGAUCGCUUCAAGAUGGCCGUAACCUUUUACGAUUUCAGCGUGAGCCACCUUCACUUCAGUGAAUACCAGCCCAAGCCGUACAAAGCGCCCUUGCUGGCGCACAGCCCGUUCACCUCCUGGCUGGUCCAGUCGCCUACUAUUACCGAUGAUGACUUUUCGAGGUGGUACAGGAGUGUCCCCGGGAUAAACUAUGUCUACCCGGACAAACUUGUGUUCGAGAACGACACGACUGGGUCUAAAAGAUUUUGGAGCGGGGAGUUCUUUCCUCUGGACGGUAGAGGUUUCAAACACCAGGCACAGAAGAACUGCACGGGUCACUAUCACAAUUUUGGCUUCACCAUGGCAAUACGAACCGCAUUCGUCUUCAACGCCAACGAAACUAUAAUAUUUGGGGGCGGUGAGGAUAUGUACGUCUACAUCAACAAGACAUUGGUGGCCGAGGUCCAUGACGUACCGCUGGCGGCCAAGAAACCGUGCAGGAGGAUCAACCUGGUUGGUGCUGUCAGUGGAUCGGGUGGUACCAUUAUUCCGGAGAUGGGGAGUAUCGUCAGCGGGCGAUGUGCCAUUAUUGGAAAUGCAACCAAGGAGGCAGUCGCUUUGGAGCUUGUGUCGGGAGAAACCUAUAGCCUGGACAUCUUCUACGCCGAGCGUCUCCGCUGCACCUCGGAGUUACUCCUCGAUUUCUUCUCGGUCGAGUUCGCUACCCUCAGCAGCGCCGACGGCACGACCGGGCCGCUGGAUUACCGCCUGUAUCUCCCCGAAGACCAGCCCGUUGGAUCCAUAAUUGCGACCCUGCAGAUUGGGGACACCUUGACAUCCGGGCCUUUUGUUGCCAUGGUCACACGGGGGAACGAACUUGGAAUCUUUGAGUUUAAGAAUGAUACUACGACCAACAGGAAUACGUCAGUUUCUCCGACUCCUCUCCACAAUUACGUAACGUUGGAGAAUUAUACAUUCAUUGAAUGCACAAACUCUUCAGAAACACCCGGGACCGCCGUGCCGUAUGCCUUCCACAAACCGUUCAUCGUAUCAACACCCACAGUUCUCUUCAUGCUCACGGCUAGCCUCGACUUCGAGAAUACAACAUCCUAUGACCUUGAACUUGAGGUCAGCGAUGGGUCAAGGACGGGUUACAUUAACAUAAAGAUCUUUAUUCUGGAUGUGAAUGAUAACUGCCCGGAAUUGAACCAGUCUCUCUUCGUCCACAUCGCCUACCCAGCAUUGCAACCCACUCCCAUCAUACAGCUAUUCGCUACCGACACGGACAGUGGCAUGAAUGGUCUGAUCGAAUUCAAGAGGACCUCCGUAACAGCAGACCCGCCAGUAAACUACAACAGCUCCCAGAGCAUCUUCAAUUCAGUCUACACCCAGAAUACCACCCUGACCUUCUACAUUGCCGUCAUGGACCUUGGCACUCCAAAAAGGGGCACCGUGGCGACCGUCUCCAUCGAGAUAAGCAACUCGUGCCUGGUGGAUGUCAUCUACAACCCGCUGUUUGUCAAUAUUACUGUUGAUAGGUGGAGCGGGGAGGUGACAUUGAAGGUGCCCGGGUAUUACCAGGUGAAUUACGAUUGCCUUGAAGAUAUCGGCAUAGCCAAAGCCAUCAUACCGGACUCCUAUCUCAGCGUCUCCUCGAACAUCGAGAAGAGUGAUCCAGCCCGAGGAAGAUUGAGUAGAAACCACACAGAUCCCAUCUUGGGCGGCUAUCCAGGCGCCUGGGUCCCAAGGUCAGACGAUACGACCCCCUGGAUCGGUGCAAACCUCAAAGAUGUCUACCGGAUCCGCCAGGUGGCUCUCCAAGGAAGAAGUGACGCCGCCCAUUGGGUGAAGACAUUUGCGUUCAAAUAUAGUGACGAUGGGACCAGGUGGACACAGUAUGUUGACAAGGCUGGGCAGAAGGUCUUCAGCGGGCCGACCGACCAGCAUUCUGUGGUGAAGAUUGACUUGGACCCACCAGCCAUAUCAAAGCAAUUCAGGAUCUACCCUCUCACGUGUGAGCAGGAGUGCGCGCUGAGAUUUGAACUGAUCGGAUGCCAGAACGGCAAGCAAAUAUAUUACGACACCCGUUGUGAACGCUGUGAAACCACGUGGUACUGCACAGGCGAUGGCAUCAGGCGGGCCUGCGGGCGGUGCGACCCACCCUCGGACAACUCCACGUGCCGCAGAUCGCGCACAGAGCACUCUUUCGGCGAGGCGUCAAACUGUACCAGUUGUCCGCUCGGAUGGAUUUGCAAAGAUGGCUACGGGACUCCCUGCCCCAAGUACCAUUACGCCUACUGCAAUGAGACCUACUGCCCAAGCGCGUGUACCCAUUGCGAGCCUGGCUAUGCCUGCAGAGGCGGGCAGAAACACCUUUGUAGGACUGGAACCUACUCGGAUGGCAAUCAAAUAUUCUGUCCGAUGUGUUUCGGCGGCGAAUAUCAAAACAUGACGGGACGGGACAAGUGCGAGAAGUGCGCGCCCGGGUUCACCUCGACCAAGAUGAAGGACAGGUGUACCCCGUGCCAGGAGGGGACCUGGUCCACAGGGGACGGGACGCUCUGCAAGCCAUGCAAGCCUGGACUGUGCCCCUGCAUGGAGAAGAAGCACAACUGCUUCAAGAACGAGUUGUGUUACAAUAAACUGGACGGCGGGAAGUAUACUUUCGGAUGUCGGGAAUGUCCGCCUGGGUACCGCGGUGAUGGCAGCAACUGUACUGAUAUCGAUGAGGUAAGGCCUUUAUUAUUCAUUCAAAUUACACUUAGGCCUACUUUACUCCAGUGCUUCGAAAAGAAGCCGUGCUUCAAGAACCGAUGCAUAAAUACGAAUCCUGGAUACCAGUGCCUUGCCUGCCCCCUCGGUUACAACGGCACCUUCGAGGACGCGAUCGCCAUUAACAACACCAGGCGGGCCUUCUACUUUAAGAACCAGGUCCAGGACUUCACUCAGUGGCAGUACUGUCACGAUGUUGAUGAAUGCGCCACCAAUAAUGGAGGGUGCGACCCGAAUGCUAUUUGUCAUAACACAAUCGGCAGCUACCGAUGCGGUUUGUGCCGUGACGGCUACGCGGGAAGCAGUCUUCACGGCUGUAUCGACGGGGACUUCUGCAAGACAAAGCGUUACAGCUGCCACCAGGAGGCGCUGUGUGUUUAUACCGGGCCAGGCCAGUACAGAUGCGAGUGCAAGAACGGUUGGGCUGGCGACGGGACGUACGUGUGCGGUGAGGACCCGGACCAGGAUAACAUUCCAAGCAAGCCUAUAUCAUGCCUCGGGUGGUACUGCCAGAAGGAUAACUGCCCUCUGACGGCCAACACUGGUCAGGACGACAAUGAUGGUGACAGGAUCGGCGAUGUGUGUGACCCGGAUGAUGACAACGAUUACAUCUACGACCUUGAUGAUAACUGCCAAUUUGUCUACAAUCGCGACCAGAAGGACUCGGACGGCGAUAAAAGUGGGGAUGCGUGCGAUAAUUGUAAGAGCACGCACAAUCCUGACCAAUCAGAUGUCGACGGCGAUGGGAUUGGAGAUGUGUGUGACACGGACAAGGAUGGCGACGGGGUCCUGAACGCAAAAGAUAACUGCCCUCUGGUUCAUAACACUGACCAAAAGGAUACUGACGGUGACGGGGUCGGCGAUGCUUGUGAUAACUGCAUCAAAGUGAAGAACCCGAAACAGGAGGAUGGUGAUCAGGAUUGGGUGGGCAAUGCUUGCGAUGGAAAGGACAAGGACGGCGACGGUAUCACUGACACGAUGGACAACUGCGCUGCCGUGCCAAAUGGUGACCAGGUUGACACGGAUGGGGACGGGCUUGGCGAUCUCUGCGAUGAGGACAUUGACAAUGAUGGCUUGAAGAACGAUGUUGACAACUGCCCGUACGUCAGCAAUAAAGACCAGAAGGAUCUCAAUGACAACAAACGCGGUGACGCCUGCGAGAGCGACUACGAUGGCGAUGGAUAUAAAGACAAAUUCGACGAUUGCCUCCAGAACAAGUUCCUUCACUCCUCCAACUUCACGGAGUAUCGGUCAGUGGACCUGGACCCGUCCAUCAAGGCAAAGCCAGCGUGGAUGAUCCUGGCGCAGGGGAAAGAGGUCCGGCAAAUGGUGGACACGGAGAUGCCUGCCUUGUUCAUCGCCAAGACACACUUCGGUGAAAUGGACUACUACGGAACGAUGUUCGUCAACAGUGACAAGUGCGAUGGUUAUAUCGGCUUCGUGUUCGCCUACCAGAACAGCAAACGUUUCUACGUUGUCAUGUGGACGCAUAAGCAUAAACCAAAGUUCACUGGUCCUAAGGCUGGCAUCAAAGGAAUUCAACUCAAGGUAAGCUUUGGAUUACAACUCCGGCCCGAUGGUAUUCUAGCUAGGAGUUCUACAUACACAAUGUACAUCUCUAGGACACCAUCACCGAAUCGGAACUUUUCUCGCAAAUUACACGACGGUGCUCUUCCUGAUACUCAAUUCGUGCGUCCCCCCAUUAGUUUCUCACCACGAAACUUUCUUUCAUUUCAGCGCAUCAGCUUUAACGUGAGCCCAGGUACCACCCUAGUGCAGGCGCUGUGGGACGCCCAGACGACUGCCAACGUUGUGGACCUGGUAUGGCAUGCCCCGAAUCUUGCCGGGUGGAAGUGUAAGACAGCCUACAGGUGGCAGGUCUCUCAUAGGCCAUCGGUGGGCACAAUCAGAAUCAUCAUCAAGCAGGGCGAAACUCUGAUCGUAGACUCGGGUGCCAUCUUCGAUGACGUCCUGAAGGGUGGCCGAGUUGGUCUGUUCAUGAACACACAGCCUGGAGCGAUCUGGUCGCAUUUGAGGAACACGUGCGCGGACAGGAAUAACAAGGCCCUACUCCUGGACGGCGUGGGUGACUAUGUUGCGGUGGACACGGUCCAGAAUCUUGGGUUGAACAGAAGUUUCACCCUCGAAGCCUGGGUCAGGAUGCCGUCACCUUACAACACAACCCGACAACCAAUCUUGUGUUCAGCCAACGAAUCUCUGUGUCUCUUCGUAAAAGACGGGAUGUUCCAAUGCAAAUACGGGAGCGGUAUUUACACAUCAAACACGUCAAUCCCAGCCAGGGCGUGGACCGUUGUGACCAUGCAUUACGAAUAUGCUUGUAAGUACAUAACACUCGAAAUACCAAUAACAAUGGAUAACGACACGACUAUAUACCUAGGGAAAGAUAAGAGUACGUUCUUUCUCGGAGAGAUUGAGGAUGACAGAGUCAGAGUAAUUUACCACGUUGGUCAUAUAUUUUCUGGGUUACAGGUCCGCAUCUAUGACCGGUAUCUCUCAGAUGCCGACAUCGUCGACUACAUAAAAAAGGUGGGCAUGAGGAGAGAGCAACAUGUGAAGGCCUUGGUCGCCCAUUACGACAUGGACUUCAACACGAAUAACACGGUAUUAUUAGACAAAAGCGAAUUCAAGAUCGACGGACGCAUCCACGGAACCCCGAGAUUCGUCUCCGUGAGUAGGCCUAAUCUUUAUCAUCAUCAUCAGUCGACUGCGCAUCUGGCGGCCACAAGCUUCCUCCAGCUUUCCCUAUCCUGGGCCAGGUCCUCAAUUUGGUGUGGUGUCAACAGUCUGUCUCCAUCCCCUGGCAGAGACUUUGGAGGCACUUUUGCUAAUCCAUGACAGCUCAGGAGUAGGCUGUACACAGCAGCAGCAGCA